AUGUCUUUCUGCAUCCAUGUGAGCGGGUACGAGAGCGACCAGUGGCCCGUGGUCGAGCUGGGUGCCGCCAACAUCUCUGGUGAGUGUUCGAUGCCCUUCUUGGCCGUCGGCGACCAGUGCCUGUACUUCGCCACCUUUGCAGAGGUGACCUAUGAGGAAGCCAGACAGAUGUGUCACUCGCUGAAUGGGGAACUGGCAGUAAUUCUCACAGCCACCCGCUUGAAGAACAUCAUUGACUACCUUUAUGACAACGGUCUGAGUGCUAAAAGCCUCUGGAUCGACGGGUCUGACCAGGCAACGGAGGGAGAAUGGCGGACGUCCUUCGGUGAGGCUAUUCCCAUGGGCACGCCAUUCUUUCCGCCAGGGGAACCAAAUGAUCUGGGUGGUGAUGAGGACUGUCUGGAGUUGAUGGACGCUUUUUUCUUUCAAUUUAACGAUAGACCGUGCACUGUUUUUAGGCACCCAAUGUGUGAGCAACAAUGGGAUGUUGCCCAAACAGCGACGCCCGAGGAGCUGGACUGCCCGCCCUUCUUCGUCAGUGUGGGCGGCCUGUGUCUGUCGUUCAUGACGUGGGCGGAGGAGACGUGGGCGGACGCCCGUCAGGCUUGUCACGGAAUGUCCGGGGAGCUGGCCGCCAUCACUGACAUCGAGCAGCUCAGAGCUGUAUACCUCUACCUCCACCAGGAAGGGAUUGAUGGUCACUCCUUCUGGGUGGGUGGCUCCGACGCGGCGACGGAGGGCGUCUGGACAUGGAGGGACGGACAGCCCGUCACUAUGGGGUCGCCUUUCUGGGGUUUUCAGAAAGCUAGCCUGUUGGAACCAGACGGCGGUACAGCCGAGAACUGUCUCCUGCUGAAGGCAAAUGGCGCCCACUACUUUCGUGAUGCUUCCUGUAGCCUGCUGAUGACCCCACUGUGUAUGACUCCCAAGUAG